AUGAAGCUCCCCUUCGCUAACUUGGCCGGCUUUGUAACAGACAAGCACCCGAUUGAGAUUCAAGGUCAUUCGGGAAAGACUCUGAACGACUACUUCGAGGAGCCGAGCGGUCCCACGCCCUAUCUCGGCUCAACGGUCCCCGGAUUCCCCAACUUCAUGCUCAUACAAGGCCCGAAUACUAUCACAGGUCAUGCUUCCGUCGUCUUCAGCGAGGAGUGCCAGUUCAACUACGCCACUCAACUCUUCAAGCCUAUUCUCCGGAGAGGUUGA